UUGAACUUAUAAUUCACCUUGUUUCCCAGAGUGCUGGGAUUCUAGGCAUGUGCCACUACACCUGGCUCUAUUGGUGAUGGAACCUGAGUCCCCACUCAUGCUGAACACAAUCUCCUACUGAAGUAUAUCCCCAUCCACAGCGCCUUUUAUAAUUGAGACUGAGGCCCAGAAAGGAGAAUGACUUUCUUAAGUCAUUGAAUUGUGGGGCUUUGCUGAAAUCCAGAUUUUGUUUUACCCUUGAAUGUGGGCCAUCAUUUCAUUUCAGGCAGGUUGUUCUGAUAUCUUUCUUGUCUUAAAUCCUACAGAAAUGGAUCUUAUCUCAUUUUCCCCUAGGGCUAUGGGUACAGUUACUAGGAUCACUUUUCUUCUCAGGGUUUUCUGCAGACCUUCAUCUGUUAGACAAUGAGACUCAGUAGAGAAUGAGAACUUUAUUCUCCUGUCAUCCGUGAGCCACUCUUCCCAACUGCACUCCCACUGUUUGCAGUCCUCAUGUCUACCUUACUCCUGAAUCUGGAUUUUGCUGAAUCUUCUCUCAAAAAGUCAUUAGAAGGAAAUGCCAAGCAUAAACGCUUUGUCAAGAGGCGAAGGUUCUUGGAACAGAAGGGCUUUCUCAACAAAAAAACCCAACGUCCUAGUAAGGUACCUAACCCACACUCAGAACCUACAAAGAAAGGGGAAACUCUGAGAGUUGAUGGCCCUGGGAAGACCACUCUUCUCCGAAAAAAAAAGACUGCUGUCUCCAGCAGCAGGUCAGAGCAGUCUUUGGAUAAGAAAGCUACAGUGUCUUGGCUGACCCCUGCUCCUUCAAAGAAGACUGAGUCUGUUGUGGGUAGUGUAGAUUUGCUGGGGGAGUUCCAGAGUGCCCUUCCAAAGAUUAAGAGCCCUCCAGCUCGCUCCCAGAAGAAGCUCCAUCAGAAGAAACCCUCAGAGAAUGGUGCCACACACAGUUCCACCCAGGCCCACGCAGAGAGUGCAUGCUCUGGAGCUUCACGGAAACCAGGGAAAAUGGUGGCAGUUGACUGUGAGAUGGUGGGCACAGGCCCCAAGGGGCACGUUAGUUCCUUGGCUAGGUGUAGCAUUGUCAACUAUGAUGGUGAUGUGCUUUAUGAUGAGUAUGUCCUUCCCCCGUGCCCCAUUGUGGACUACCGGACCAGGUGGAGUGGUAUCCGUAAGCAGCACAUGGUGAAGGCUACACCCUUCAAGACUGCUCGGAGCCAGAUUUUGAAGAUCCUUGCCGGGAAGAUCGUGGUAGGACAUGCCAUCCAUAAUGACUUCAAAGCCCUGCAGUACUUUCACCCCAAGCCCCUUACCAGAGACACUUCCCAAAUCCCCCUUCUCAACCGCAAGGCUGGCUGCCCAGAGAACGCCACUGUAUCUCUUAAGACGCUCACCAAGAAGCUGCUGAGCCGGGACAUCCAGGCUGGAAAAGGUGGACACUCCUCUGUAGAAGAUGCCCAGGCCACCAUGGAGCUGUACAAGUUGGUUGAAGUCGAAUGGGAACAGCACCUGGCCCAGAAUCCCCUGAAAAACUAGCAACUGUGGAGCAGCAGAAGGCAGCACCCAGGAGAAUGGGCAGCAGCCCCAUACACAUACCAAGCAUACCUGGGGAAGCUGGAAUUGUUGGGGAGAAAGGCUCCACCCAGACUCAAUAGCCAUUGCAAUUUCAUCUUGCUCUUGUGUUCCAUGUCUGGUUAAGUGUCCUAUAGAAAGCAAAGUCUUUGUGUUGAACCCUGCCCUGGACUAUUUACCUCACAAAUGGUGCUAACCAUGGAUCCCUGGGUGCUUUGUGCCAGCCAAGCAUCAGGGCAUACUGGGGAAUAUGGUUUCCCAGCUGCCUUACCACUGGGGUGGCCCUUUCCAUCUUGGAGAGGGAGGGUGUGUUGCCCAAUCUGGCCUUGACUUCCUAGGCUCAACUAGUCCUCCCUCCUCAGCCUCUGGAGUAGCUGGGACUAUAGUUGCUAACCACCAUACCCACCAGGUCUCAUUUUUAUGCCUUUUAGAGCGGUAAGACAGUUUUACUUUCAAAAACGUUCUGGGGCUGGGUGUGGCUCAAAGGUGGAGCACCUGCCUAGUAUAUGUAAGGCCUUGGGUGUGUUCAGCAGCAGCCCUCCACUCCCACCCCAGUAUCCUUGUUGGGCACUGAAUUGUAUGGUCCAGUUCUGUAUCAAAGAUCUUGCUAUGGUGUACCUGGCUUGCCAGGAUGUCACUUGCUGGCUUGCAGAGGAGCCAUCUGGAGGGCACUUUGGUUCUAGGGUUGCAAAGCAGUGAGCAAAGAGUACAGCUUGGAAAUCAACUUUUCUGAUACAGAAAUGCUCACCUAGAUUAAUUUAGGUUUUGCUUGGUCAGUGAAAAAAAAUUUACAUUGUUUAAAUUUUUAAGUCAUCUUUUGCCUUGCUAAAUCAAGUCUCUAACAAACUCAUGAAUUUUUUGAUAAAUUUUUAUAACAACA